AUGAAUUGGGCUGAUACAGGAGAAGAGGCUGGCAAGAUUAAAUCCGGAGACGACCCCCAGGCUGAACAAGAAGCCCAAACCGAAAGAAUGUUUAAGAAUACUUUUCGGAACUUUAAUGAUAAAAGUAUUGAGCCUUCCAUGUUUAAUGCUAAUACGAUAGAUUUUCAUUAUAGUUUAGGGGAGUUUUUUAAUCGGUUGACCGACCCUAUCUUUUUUUAUCGGGUCGAGAUUAGUGAAAAUUGGGACUUGAACCCAACGACCAGAGACUAUUGGUUAGAUGAUGGAAGUGAGUUAACUAAUCCUAAAUUAACCUUUGCCCAUGCUAGUAAUCAUAUUCAAAUUGGAGGUUGUUCUGGUUAUGUUGGCUCUCCUGGAACUUAUACUCCUAGCCAAGAUACCGAGAUUGAAUUUGUUCUAGAUAAAAGUAAUACUGGUAAUAGACAAGUAGCAAGUUGUAAAGCAGGAGUAAGUUAUCAGGUAAGAGUAGAACAAGUAGGUAAUGAAUUACAAGUCUUUUUCAAAUCAAGGGAGGAAAAAAUUACUUAUGAAACUAAAAUCAACAAAAACCCUAAUGAUAUUAAGAAUGAAAUUGACCAAGAGGCUUUGGAAAAUGAG